AUGAGACUCUCUUCAGCUGGUUUUAGUCCUCCACCACCCCAAGAAGGGGAAAAGAGAGUUCUAGAUUCAGAACUUUGGCAUGCAUGUGCUGGCCCUCUUGUCUCUUUGCCAGCAAUUGGAAGUAGAGUUGUGUACUUUCCACAAGGUCACAGUGAACAGGUGGCUGUGUCAACCAACAAGGAAGUGGAUGCUCAUAUUCCAAACUAUCCAAGCUUACCUCCUCAGCUUGUUUGUCAACUUCAUAAUUUGACUAUGCAUGCUGAUGUGGAGACCGAUGAAGUGUAUGCGCAGAUGACACUGCAACCAUUGAAUGCCCAAGAGCAAAAAGAGGCUUACCAUCCAGCUGAGUUGGGAACUCCGAGUAAACAGCCAACAAACUACUUCUGCAAGACCUUGACUGCUAGUGACACAAGCACUCACGGGGGAUUCUCUGUGCCUCGUCGCGCGGCUGAGAAAGUGUUUCCUCCAUUGGACUUUUCCCAACAGCCUCCUGCUCAAGAGUUAAUAGCAAGGGAUUUGCAUGGCAAUGAAUGGAAAUUCAGACAUAUAUUCCGGGGGCAGCCGAAAAGGCAUCUACUUACGACUGGAUGGAGCGUUUUUGUGAGUGCUAAAAGACUUGUUGCUGGUGAUUCUGUGCUGUUUAUCUGGAAUGAAAAGAACCAAUUGCUUCUUGGCAUACGCCGUGCUAGCCGACCACAAACGGUGUUGCCUUCAUCGGUGUUGUCAAGUGAUAGCAUGCACUUGGGACUUCUCGCUGCAGCAGCUCAUGCGGCUGCAACCAAUAGUCGUUUCACUAUUUUCUAUAACCCGCGUGCUUGCCCGUCAGAAUUUGUCAUACCCUUAACGAAGUAUGUUAAAGCUGUGUAUCAUACUCGAGUUUCAGUUGGUAUGCGUUUCAGGAUGCUGUUUGAAACAGAGGAGUCUAGUGUGCGACGAUACAUGGGUACAAUAACUGGCAUCAGUGACUUGGAUUCUGCUCGGUGGUCAAACUCACAUUGGCGCUCGGUAAAGGUUGGAUGGGAUGAAUCCACUGCCGGAGAAAGGCAACCUCGAGUGUCUUUGUGGGAAAUUGAGCCAUUAACAACAUUUCCUAUGUAUCCGUCUCCGUUUCCCCUUAGGCUUAAACGACCGUGGCCUUCUGGUUUGCCUUCAUUCCAUGGCAUGAAAGAUGACGAUUUUGGCAUGAAUUCUCCUUUGUUGUGGCUUCGAGACAAUGAUAGAGGACUUCAGUCACUUAAUUUUCAAGGGAUUGGGGUUAACCCUUGGAUGCAGCCGAGAUUUGAUCCUUCCAUGCUGAAUAUGCAAACGGAUAUGUAUCAAGCUGUGGCUGCUGCUGCACUUCAAGACAUGAGGAGUGUCGAUCCUUCCAAACAGCAUCCUGGUUCCUUGCUUCAAUUUCAGCAACCGUCAAAUUUCCCGAACAGGACUGCUGCUUUAAUGCAGGCGCAGAUGUUGCAACAGUCACAGUCUCAACAGGCUUUUCAAAAUAAUCAGGACAAUCAGAACCUGUCGCAAUCUCAGCAACAAACUCAGACUCAUACUCAACAGCAUCUGCAGCACCAGCACUCAUUCAAUAAUCAGCUCCAUCAUCAUAACCAGCAGCAACAACAACAACAACAGACUCAGCAAGUGGUGGAUAAUCAGCAGAUUUCUGGUUCGAUCUCUACAAUGUCGCAGUUUAUUUCAGCGCGUCAACCACAAUCACCACCACCUAUGCAAGCUCUCCCUUCGCUAUGUCAUCAACAGAGUUUUUCUGAUUCAAAUGUAAACUCUUCAACUUCUAUUGUUUCUCCUUUGCACAGUAUCAUGGGUUCGUUUCCGCAGGAUGAAACAUCCCAUCUUCUAAGUCUUCCUAGAACAGGCUCUUGGGUUCCUGUUCAAAAUUCAACCGGUUGGCCCUCGAAGCGUGUUGCGGUGGAUCCACUCCUUUCUUCGGGAGCUUCUCAAUGUAUUAUGCCCCAGGUGGAACAGGUAGGGCAGCCGCAGAAUACCAUAUCUCAAAAUGCUAUUACGUUGCCACCGUUUCCUGGUAGGGAGUGCUCGAUAGACCAAGAAGGGAACAAUGAUCUGCAAAGUAAUCUUUUAUUUGGUGUCAAUAUCGAUCCCUCGUCUCUUUUAAUGCAUAAUAGGAUGUCGAAUUUUAAGGGGAUUAACGGAAACAACAGUGACUCCUCAACCAUGCCAUAUCAUCAAUGUUCUAACUACAUGAACACCGCAGGCACCGAUUCUUCAUUGAAUCACGGAGUAACGCCUAGUAUUGGUGAAUCUGGUUUCUUGCAAAACCUUGAAAAUGGGGAGCAAGAAAGCAACCCACUGAACAAGACCUUUGUGAAGGUUUAUAAAGCAGGGUCCUUCGGAAGAUCAUUGGAUAUCACUAAGUUCAGCAGCUACCAUGAGCUGCGUAGUGAGCUCGCCCGAAUGUUUGGACUAGAAGGCGAGUUGGAGGACCCUGUGAGAUCAGGCUGGCAGCUUGUAUUCGUUGACCGAGAGAAUGAUGUUCUUCUCCUCGGCGAUGGCCCUUGGCCGGAAUUCGUGAAUAGUGUAUGGUGCAUUAAGAUACUUUCGCCCGAGGAAGUGCAGCAAAUGGGCAACACUGGCCUCGGGCUUUUAAACUCGGUUCCAAUUCAAAGGCUCUCAAGUAGCAUCUGCGAUGACUAUGUGAGCCGUCAAGAUCCAAGAAAUCUAAGCAGUGGAAUAACAACCGUCGGAUCCCUAGACUACUGA